GGCAUCAUUGAACGGUGCGUGUCUCCGUGGUCGUCGAAAACCACAUUUCCUCGGAAGUCAAAUGGCAAGUUGAGAAUGGUCCAUCAAUAUCUUGCGUUGAAUGAUGCAAUUGUUAAAAUGGCUUACCUGAUGCGAAGAAUCGAACCUAUCCUCAACAGCAUGGCGUUAGCAAAACUCCAUGUCUUCUUCAAGGCGGAUGCAGCCGACGGUUACUGGGCAGUUCCUCUU